CUGGUGGCAGUGGUGCUUCUUGUAACAGCUGCAGAGUGGCCCGGUACGGGCAUGGGAACCGCACGGCAGGCCGGUGCUGGCACGGUACAGCUCGGUACGGCUCGGUACAGCACGGUGCGGCUCGGCACGGCUCGGUACGGCACGGCUCAGUACGGCUCGGCACGGCUCGGUACGGCUCGGCACGGCUCAGCAUGGCUCGGUACGACAUGGUACGGCUCGGUACGGCUCGGCAUGAACGCCGCCGUCCGCGCCGUCACCCGCAUGGGCAUCUACGUGGGAGCCAAGGUCUUCCUCAUCUAUGAGGGCUACGAGGGGCUGGUGGAGGGAGGCGACAACAUCAAGCAAGCCACCUGGCUCAGCGUCUCCAACAUCAUCCAGCUGGGCGGCACGGUCAUCGGCAGCGCCCGCUGCAAGGCCUUCACCACCCGGGAGGGCCGCCUGCGGGCCGCCCGCAACCUGGUGGAGCACGGCAUCACCAACCUGUGCGUCAUCGGCGGCGACGGCAGCCUGACGGGCGCCGACAUCUUCCGCGCCGAGUGGGGCGGGCUGCUGGACGAGCUGCUGCGGGACGGGCAGAUCAGCGAGGAGGUGGCGAAGGCGAACGGGCGGCUGAACAUCGUGGGGCUGGUGGGCUCCAUCGACAACGACUUCUGCGGCACCGACAUGACCAUCGGCACCGACUCGGCGCUGCACCGCAUCAUGGAGGUGAUCGACGCCAUCACCACCACGGCGCAGAGCCACCAGCGGACGUUCGUGCUGGAGGUGAUGGGCCGGCACUGCGGGUACCUGGCGCUGGUGUCCGGGCUGGCCUCGGGGGCCGACUGGCUCUUCAUCCCCGAAUCCCCUCCGGAGGACGGCUGGGAGGACAUGAUGUGCGAGAGGCUCGGGGAGACGCGCAGCCGAGGGUCGCGGCUCAACAUCAUCAUCAUCGCGGAGGGCGCCAUCGACCGCAACGGCAAGCCCAUCUCCUCCAACUACGUGAAGGACCUGGUGGUGCAACGCCUGGGCUUUGACACGCGGGUCACCGUCCUAGGCCAUGUGCAGCGCGGCGGGACGCCCUCGGCCUUCGACCGUGUGCUGAGCAGCAAGAUGGGGAUGGAGGCGGUGAUGGCGCUGCUGGAGGCCACCCCGGACACCCCCGCCUGCGUGGUGAGCCUGUCGGGGAACCAGUCAGUGCGGCUGCCCCUGAUGGAGUGCGUCCAGGUGACGAAGGACGUGCAGAAGGCCAUGGAUGAGAAGAGGUUUGAGGAGGCGAUUCAGCUCCGCGGGAGGAGCUUUGAAAACAACUGGAACAUCUACAAGAUGUUGGCACACCAGAAGCCAGCGCAGGAGAAGAGCCCCUUCAGCUUGGCCAUCCUGAACGUGGGUGCCCCCGCCGCCGGCAUGAACGCGGCCGUCCGGUCGGCUGUGCGCAUCAGCAUCUGCCAGGGCCACACCGUCUACGCGGUGAAUGACGGCUUCGAGGGCUUGGCCAAGGGACAGAUCCGCGAGGUGGGCUGGCACGACGUGGCGGGCUGGCUGGGACGCGGCGGGUCCAUGCUGGGCACCAAGCGCACUCUGCCCAAGACCUGCAUGGAAAAGAUCGUGGAGAACGUGCGGAAAUUCAACAUCCAGGCUCUGCUGGUCAUCGGGGGGUUCGAGGCGUACGAGGGGGUGCUGCAGCUGGUGGAAGCCCGCGGGCAGUACGAGGAGCUGUGCAUCAUCAUGUGUGUCAUCCCCGCCACCAUCAGCAACAACGUGCCCGGCACCGACUUCAGCCUGGGCUCGGACACGGCCGUCAACGCAGCCAUGGAGAGCUGUGACCGCAUCAAGCAGUCGGCGUCGGGCACCAAGCGCCGCGUCUUCAUCGUGGAGACCAUGGGAGGCUACUGCGGGUACCUGUCCACCGUCACCGGCAUCGCGGUGGGCGCCGACGCCGCCUACGUGUAUGAAGACCCCUUCACCAUCCACGACCUGAAGGCCAACGUGGAGCACUUGACUGACAAAAUGAAGACAGACAUCCAGAGAGGGCUGGUGCUGCGCAACGAGAAGUGUCACGAGCACUACACCACCGAGUUCCUCUACAACCUCUACUCCUCUGAGGGCAAAGGGAUCUUCGACUGCAGGAUCAACGUCCUGGGUCACCUCCAGCAGGUACUACGGGGACAGGAGGGCCACCAGCACUGUGCCACGUGCCACAGGGGCUUGACAUCAGUGUUUCUUUGCACCCAGGGCGGGGCCCCAACCCCCUUUGACCGCAACUACGGGACCAAGCUGGGGGUGAAGGCUGUGCUGUGGAUGUCGGAGAAGCUGCAGGAGGUCUACCGCAAGGGGCGUGUGUUUGCCAACUCAGCCGACUCCGCCUGCGUGAUCGGACUGAGGAAGAAGGUGGUGGCCUUCAGCCCUGUGACGGAGCUCAAGAAAGUCACGGAUUUUGAGCACCGGCUGCCCCAGGAGCAGUGGUGGCUGAACCUGCGGCUGAUGCUGAAGAUGCUGGCCAACUACCAGAUCAGCCUGACCGAGUACAUCUCGGGGAAGAUGGAGCACGUCACCCGGCGCACGCUCAGCAUCGAGAAGGGCUUCUAGGGGCUGUCCCCGAGCGCAUCCUCCCCAAACCCUGCCUGAAAUCACUGGUCCAAGGGCAGGGCCCUGCGCAGACGGGGGCAAGGAGGCUUCCUUGAGCCCAGCCGCGCAGCCCAGCCCCGUAAUCAUCCUCUUCUAGUUUAUUCCUGUUAUUUAAUGAUGGGGUUAUCCUGAUUCCUUCUUUCGUGGCUUGACCGCCCCAACCAAGUGCUGCUUUUAGCUGAGCGCGCUCGGCGCAGGAGGGGAGCAGAGGAGCAGGUGCCGCUGUGCCGGAGCGGGCAGGGGACGGCCCUGGGGGCUUCCUCUGCCCGGUGAAGCCCUCGGCUCCAUUCCCCCAAGUCGUUUCGGCACAGAGGUCCCGGCAAGCCCCUGUCCCCAGCCACCUUGCAUGACGCUUGGCUGUGACCACCACCACCGCGUGGCCCUGGGGCCGUUGCCUGUCAUCUCACCGCCGCUCCGUGACCCCGCCGCGUCUCGUGCCAUCGCAGCGUCGCUCGCGUCUUAGAGAUAAAACCCGCUGGAGCCAAA